AAGACCGACUGACGAAGCUCAGCAGAAAACAUGUGAUGACAACAAGAACAUCAACAACAAAACGAUCUGUAUGGCUGGAUGAGAGCAGACACGUGUUGAUGUUCCAGUUCAGGUGAAGCCGGCACCAUGUUGGAGGCGUGGAACUUCUCCCACAGCACCUUCGUGUUCAGAGGUUUCCCGGCGCUGCAGGAACACCGUCGGCUGCUGGCGCUGCCGUUCACCGCUUCUUACCUGUCGGUGCUGCUGGGAAACUCGUUGUUGUUGUACGUGAUCUGCAGUGUGGAGAGUCUGCACAGCCCCAUGUACCUCCUCAUCUGCAUGCUGUGCGUCAUCGACAUUCUCGUGGUGACCGCCAUCAUCCCCAACAUGCUCCUUGGCCUCCUGUUCGACUGGGACGAGAUCUCAUUGGCUGGGUGCCUGACUCAGAUGUUCUUCACUCACUUCCUGUCCUCUUUGGAGUCCACGCUGCUGCUGGUGAUGGCGCUGGACCGCUACGUGGCCAUCUGCCACCCGCUGCGCUACACCGAAAUCGUGGACUCGUCUUUGUUCAUGAAGCUGCUGCUGUUCACGCUGCUCCGCAGCGGCUCCAUCAUGGGCACGCUGGUCGGUUUGGCGGAUUCGCUGCGGUUCUGCAGCUCCAACCUGAUCCAGCACUGCUACUGUGACCACAUGGCGCUGGUCAGCCUGGCGUGCGACAGCACGGAGAAGAACACCGCGGCGGGCCUCGCCGUGAUCAUCUGCUUCGUGGGCGUGGACAUACCGCUCAUCUUCUUCUCCUACAUGAAGAUCCUGAGCGCCGUGCUGCGAGCGACGGCCCCCGACGAGGACCGCUGGAAGGCGUUUCACACCUGUGGCACUCACCUGAUCAUCAUGAUGUGUUUCUACCUGGUGGGCAGCGUCACAUUUCUCUCUCACAACCUGAACAUACCCAUACCGACGGACGUCAACACCUUCAUGGGACUCAUGUACAUCCUGUUCCCAGCAACAGUCAACCCGAUCAUCUACGGCGUUCGGACUAAAGAAAUACGAAAUGGCUUCUUCAGGAUUUUCAAGCUCAGAGUGCAGACUGUGAUGACAGUGAAGGUUGCUCCGGCGGGAAAAAGACAAAUGUGACGUUUGUUUCUCCAGGUCAAAGAUUUAGCUUCAAACAUUCAUGUGAAUCUCUCUGACUGACCUGAGGUGGCGCUAGAAGAAAGGCCCUAAAGGGUUCAUCCUCUGGACAGCAGGACCUUCAGUUAGUAGGUCAAUAAAGAAAGAAGACGUGUUUAA